UGGGCCAGCGAAUCCGCUCAUGAUGGAUGAUUUCAAGGAAAAAAUCUGUGACCUUACUGAGAUGAAUACACAUGCUGUACCACUGAGAGAAAGGUCUUUUCCUGUAUUUGUUCCCUCCAAACCCAGAGGAGGAUGUAGAAGAAGACAGCGGGAAAGCUGCAGUCCAACUGCUCUUGAACUCCCAAAUCAAUCUCAAGCUCCAAACCAAUGCUCUCCUCCUGCUGCUAUGAGCCAACACGGGCAUCAAGAGAUCUCCGCUAAUUUUAACGAGACACCACAAGCUAAACAAAAGUAUCAAAAUCAAUCCGAGCACACGUCUGGCUCCACAGAAGUUCAGAGCACUGAGCCGGUGGUCUUACACAAGCCACCAACUGAGGGCAGGAGCUCUCUGUAUGAGAGCAGGGAGAGAGAAAACGGCAAAUUACAACUUUGUCCAAGUCCAGUGCAGGUCCCCUUGUCCCAGAUCAACAUCUCAGCUCCAGAGCCGGCCCUAGAGACGGGGCUCCCCAGUGAGAAGAGCUUGAGCGAGCCGCGUGGGGGACAUCUUUGUACCUUCAGACAGCCAUCUGUGGUCGAAGAGCUGACAAGUAUCGGAUCAAAUGCAAAGUUAUCAUCAAGGGCAGCUUCAGAGCAGCAGAGGGCAAAGGGCAGAAGGCUGCCAGGCAGCACGUCCAAUCCCAGCAUCCUGCCGAGGCCUCCUGUCCUCCCAGGCAUCCGCCCCGCGUGCAGAGUUGGAUCGCAGGGUGGAGAAGGAGCAGCUCUCUGCCUCCUGGACCUUCAAAAUUCAUUCAGUAAGUCAAAGGCCCAUCAUGAAUUUAACCGCAGCAUCGCACUUGCUGCCGUGAACCUGAGGGACAACGUGGUCACAGGGAAGAAGCACGACUUCUACGGGAUCAAUUGUUACCACCUGCAUGGAUGACACUGGACAUGACUUUUCACCAGAUGUAGCAGCAAAUAAUAGUUGUUUUUUAAUUUGAGAGCUAGAAUUUUUAAGAAUGAAACCAUUAUACACAAUGUAAGAAACCUUGAGUAUGUUACAAUGU